UCAUCUAGUGACGGCCCCAGAGGACUAGACUGAAACAAUGUCUGCCCCUCAAGCAACCACCCCUGCUCAGGCACCAAGUGUCGUGCCAGUGGCAAAGCCAGCUGAAGUGUCUGCCGCAGCAAAGUCUCGUGAUGAGGCACCGAAGGUUGAGGAGCAGAAGAAGACGGCUGCCACUACUCAGGGAGGAGCAACUGCGCCUGCUGCCCCAACCAGCAAGGCAGCGACAUUGACCGGGUCCGGUGGACAGGGUGUCAACACUCUGAGCCCGGCAAGCGCCGUCCCUGCAAGCACUGGCCCAGCCAGUGCUGGUGCAGCACCCAAAGCCAAGUCUGCACCGGUGCCCCCAAUGUCUGCGGCUGCUGUGGUGGAGGAAGGCAAGAAACCAGUCACUGCAGCUGAGCGUCUGGCAGGCACUGGCUCCGCCCUUGCCAAGGGUGUUGGUGCCAAAGCCGAGCCCCAGGCAAAGCCAAAGGCAAAGGCCAAGAUGUCAGCCAUUCCCAGCAGACCAUUGCCCACGGACACUAUGGGAUCUGCUCCCACCGCCGUCCUGAACAUGGUGAGUGGAAAGCCAGUGCCAGCAAGCCAAGUUGGAACCUCUGCCUAUGCCACCAGCACGGUCGGCCCUGCUCGGGCGUAUGCCAAGGCCGCUGCUGGGGCUGUUUCAGGAGAAGUCCCAAAGGCCGGCCCCCCUGCUGUUGCCAUGGGCCGCGCUAUGGCAGCUGGCCGCCCAGCCAUGUCUAUGGUGAAUGGCAAGCCAGUGACCACCAUCACCAAGAAGUACCAGCUGGUCUUUGUCACAGGUGAGGUGGCACCUUUCUCCAAGACUGGUGGUCUGGGAGAGGCUAUGGAUGGUCUGCCAAUUGCAUUGGCGGCUAUGGGCCAUCGCUGCAUGGUCAUUUCCCCUCGUUACGACCAGUAUGCGGAGGCCUGGGACACUGGCUACUGGGGCUCUGUGACCAUGGGUGGCAAGCAGGAAUCCGUGCACUUCUUCCACACCUACAAGCAGAAGGUGGACUAUGUCUUUGUGGAUCACCCCACCUUCCUCGAGCGUGUGAACGGUCAGACUGGCUCUAAGCUUUACGGUCCCGAGUGGGGCAAGGAUUUCGCUGACAACCAGGCGCGUUUCGCCUACUUUUGCAAGGCUGCUUUAAAGGCCAUCCAGGAGCUGUCCCUGGGUGGUGCCAUCUAUGGCAGCGACUGCAUGGUGGUCUGCAACGACUGGCACAGCGCCCUGGUGCCCAUGCUGAUCCAUGCAGAGAAGACCACCACAGGCAAAUGGCAGAACACCAAGACCGCCUUCCUGUGCCACAACGCCGUGUUCCAGGGCCGUUUCCAGCGCGAGGAAGGUCUGGCUGGCAUCUUCGGCGUGCCGGAGCGGUACAUUGACAGCAUCACCUUCAAGAUGCCUCUGCGCAUCGGCAAGUACAAUGAGAAGAUCACCUGCGUGAACACCAUGGCGGCCGGCUUGCGCUACUGCGACCGGGCCUUGACCGUGUCGCCGUCCUAUGCGGUGGAGUGCUGCACGGAUCCGGAGAAGGGUGGCUUGGUUGAAGACCAGGAAUAUGUUCUGCUCUGUGGCGUGGAGUUGGAGUCCCUGUUUACCUUGGGCAAGUGCACAGGCACAGCGUGCCCACCAGGCAUCUUGAACGGCGUCAAGGAAGGUGUGUCGCCGAGUGAUAAGAACUUCGUGACCAAGACCAUGAUGAGCUGCGGUCCUUACAACUCUACCACUUGCGACAUCGCCAAGAGCGAGUUGAAGGCCUCCUAUCGCGCACAGAACGGCCUCAGCGGAUGCACUGGACCAUUGAUGUGCUUCAUCGGACGCCUGGACUCGCAGAAGGGCUACGACCUGCUGUUGGAGUCCUUGGUCGAGGUCCUGGAGGACACAGAGAUGCAAGUGGUGAUCGUUGGCGCUGGUCGCGCAGAUUUGGUGGCACAGACGAAGGCAGUUGAGAAGAAGUUCCCCGAGAAGUUCUUCUAUGCCGGUUGGAUGGGUCCUGAGCGUUACGCCCUGCUGGCGGGAUGCGACUUCACCCUGUUGCCUUCCAGGUGGGAGCCUUGCGGCCUGGUGCAGAUGGAGGCCAUGCGCCUGGGAACGCUGCCCAUUGUGGCGCCCACCGGUGGCUUGAAAGACACCGUGGAGGACGGCGUCAACGGUCUCUGGACAGAGAAGGAGAUGACCGUGGAGGCCGUCAUUGAGGAGGAGUCCGUGAGCGCCAUCUCGGAGGCCCUGAAGCGAGCCGCCAAACUCUUCACCCAGGAACCGGCCAAGGUGGUGAAGAUGAAGCAGGCCGCCAUGGCGGCAGCUGCCGAGUUCACCUGGAGCAACGCGGCGCUGCAGUACGAGCAGAUCUUCACAGAGCUGGGCGUGAAGGACGUCUUGAACGGCAAGACUGCCACUGUGACGCUGGAGACAGACAAACAGGUCUGCUAGGUGCGGCCAGUGGCGAUGGUUGCUGCGGUUUGUUGGGUUUGCUCCAGCCGGGUGUCUGAG